AAACCGGUGGAAUCUGCACGGAGCGAGCAGAGCGAUCCUCUGGACUCCCAACCGCUCAGCAUGCGAGGCGACGCUCUGUGUAAAGUCAAGUCGAAAAACGAUGGAAAUAUAAGACUUUUUGAGUUGUAACUAUUUCUCGAUACACGUUUAAGUGUUAAACGCGCCGGAGCAAUGUGGAUUUGUACUACUUAAGGAAAAUGGGACUUUAAGUGUUAUUUUCACCGGACUGGCAGAGAGAGUGGGCUGCUUGGAGUCACUUACAAAGACCAUCAAGAAGUCAUGACACGACGGACGUUUUUCUUGGAUUUAUCUUCAUAAAAUACGAGGAAAGGACGAUCGGGGCCAUUUCAACUCGAACUACUCGGACUACAAGCGAAGUGUGGCGACAUUUAACGUAGAUAUUCUUUGCUUUUCAGUCGUUUUCAAGUCGCCCUACUUGGAUCAAAGUUUUUCCUUCCCUCCCCCCCUCCUCCUCAACUAUGGCGGCGGCCAGGUCCACCACUGGCUCCGUUUUGCUGCGGAUCAUGUGGCUGAUGUGCGGACUGUUCUCGUUCACUUCUGCUCAGCAUUACAAUAGUGAAAGUGGCAUAUCCGUCCCAGAACACGGGUUUUGCCAGCCCAUCUCCAUCCCGCUUUGCACCGACAUCGCCUACAACCAGACCAUCAUGCCGAACCUCCUGGGCCACACGAACCAGGAGGACGCCGGACUAGAGGUGCACCAGUUCUACCCUCUGGUUAAGGUCCAGUGCUCUGCGGAUCUCAAGUUCUUCCUCUGCUCCAUGUAUGCGCCGGUCUGCACAGUGCUGGAGCAGGCCAUCCCUCCUUGCCGGUCCCUGUGUGAACGUGCACGACAAGGAUGUGAAGCCUUGAUGAAUAAAUUUGGCUUCCAGUGGCCGGAGCGGCUCCGCUGCGAAGCUUUCCCCGUCCACGGAGCCGGCGAGAUCUGCGUCGGCCAGAACACAUCCGAACCCAGCAGCCCGGCUUCCUCGUCUUCUCCUUACGCACCCGACCCUGUGACCCUUCCCCCAAGCAUAGGGCGACCCAACCAACGCCCGCCCCCGCACAACCAGUACCACCAGUUCUCCUGUCCUCUGCAGCUAGAGGUACCUCCCUACCUGGGCUACCGAUUCAUGGGGGUCAAAGACUGCGGGGCCCCAUGCGAGCCCACCAAACCCACCGGCAUCAUGUAUUUCCGGGAGGAUGAAGUAAAAUUCGGCCGGCUCUGGGUUGGAAUCUGGUCCAUUCUGUGCUGCGUUAGCACCUUGUUCACGGUGCUCACCUAUUUAGUGGACAUGAGGCGAUUCAGAUACCCCGAGAGGCCCAUCAUCUUUUUAUCCGGGUGUUAUUUCAUGGUGGCGGUGGCCUAUGCUGCUGGGUUUUUCCUGGAGGAUAAAGUUGUUUGUGUGGAUAAAUUCAAGGAGGACGGCUACAGGACCGUGGCCCAAGGGACAAAAAAGGAGGGCUGCACCAUCCUCUUCAUGGUAUUAUACUUUUUUGGUAUGGCCAGCUCCAUCUGGUGGGUGAUUUUGUCCCUGACUUGGUUCCUCUCUGCUGGGAUGAAAUGGGGCCAUGAGGCGAUCGAAGCCAACUCCCAGUACUUCCACCUGGCGGCAUGGGCUGUCCCGGCCAUCAAAACCAUCACCAUCCUCGCCAUGGGUCAGGUGGACGGCGACGUACUGACCGGGGUGUGUUUCGUAGGGAUUUUCAACGUGGACUCCCUCCGCGGCUUCGUCCUGGCCCCGCUUUUUGUAUACCUGUUCAUCGGCACGUCCUUCCUUCUGGCCGGCUUCGUGUCCCUCUUUCGGAUCCGCACCAUCAUGAAGCAUGACGGCACCAAGACGGAGAAGCUGGAGAAGCUGAUGGUGCGGAUCGGCGUGUUCAGUGUGCUCUACACGGUACCGGCAACCAUUGUGAUCGCAUGUUACUUCUACGAGCAGGCCUUCAGGGAGCACUGGGAGCGGACCUGGCACAUGCAGACCUGUAAACGCUUCGCCGUACCUUGUCCGGUUCACAACUUCGCCCCCAUGACCCCGGACUUCACAGUGUUCAUGAUCAAAUACCUGAUGACCAUGAUAGUCGGGAUCACCUCGGGUUUCUGGGUCUGGUCCGGGAAGACUCUUCAGUCCUGGAGGAGGUUUUACAAGCGCCUUAGCAACGCCAACCACGGGGAGACAACGGUGUAAAGUCAAGAGGAUGAGAAGGCGCAAAGCCACGGAGAUUUGGAUGUAAUCAACAUCUACAUGAGGUCAAAUAGCUUUCAUUUUUAAUACCAUUUUGGACGUAUUUUGAUCGGAUUUUUGUGUUUUAAGGUUGUGAUAGCAAAUCAGACUUAAUCGGAACUUUAAUCUAUAUUCGAUAGAAACUGGACAUAUUUUUGGUACAUAUAUAUCUUUUUUUUUUUUCUUUUUUUUUUGUCGUAAUCAGAGAGCACACACUCUUGGCAUUUGCAUCUCUGGAUUGUGAAGUGGUGUAAGCGGCCAUACUGGUCCCUGGACUGUAAUGUCAGACCGGUACAGUUACUUUUAAUACGACACUCCAUGCAUAUUAUUGAUUAUAUCCUUUAAUAUCACAAUUUGAAUGUACUUCCUGUCUGCUCUGGUGGGAGCUUCUCAGUGGAAAACACCAUAACAUAACAGACUGAUGGGUCAAGCAGCGUGGCCUUCAGUCCACGCUGCAAUAAAAAGGUCAAAGGUUUGAUCUCUACAGCAGCCACACCCACUGACUGUGAAUUGUUGGAUUAGGGAUGUCUGGAUUAUACAUGCAAAUUUGAAGUUACUCUGCCUUUAGCUACAGACUGAAAUACUUUAUGAACACGUGUGAGAUAUUGCAGAGCACAAUCUUGCUUGUUUUUAAUCUGAGGAAUAAUGCAUCCAAUCCUGACUCUGCCAUAAUGUGCCAUGUGGCUGCCCAGAAAUCAAAACAAAUUAUUUUGUUGUUUUAUUUUAACUUUUUUUUUUUUUUUAAAUCUUAAUGUUUUUUUUAAUUGUUCAGACUGUUGAGUAUUUUCGCCUGUAUUGAAUGUUCACUCCGAAGGUGAAUGAAGGUAUGUAUUGGUUUGCACAGCUAUCCUUAAGGUUAAAAGUGUUAGAAAUGACUGAUUCAUCACAGGGUAAUCUUGAUCAAACACCAUCAGGAGACCACACACACACACACACACACACACACACACACGGGCCUCCGCCGCUCUCUGCAGUGAAGAUACAACAGCUCAUUGUUUGUCUCUGUGUGUGGUCUCUCCCCCCAUCCAAAAGACUUUUUUAAGCUUUUAAGACAUUCAAAGCACCAUUUCGAGGAUCCAGUUUUAAUCCACACAGGCUGGAGAUGGUUGCUCGGGAUUUUUAAUGUUAUUUUAUCCUGAAUAAAGACGACUGUACACGUUCACACCUGUAUUCAAUCCAGUGUAACUGAAUCUGCCUUAAACUCCCAUCCCAUCAUUUCACCUGAGGGCAGACUGAACAUUUUAGAGUUUUUAAUCGACUAUUAUUUUAGUGUUUGGACUACCCGCCUUCACCCUCCACAGAGAAACUGUAUUUAUUUUCUUUCUCUCUGGAAACAGGAUUUAUGUGUGAUGUUUUAAAUCAGGGAAACACCAGAAUGGAGGUCAGAUGUUACAACCAUGAUUUUUUAAAUUUUUUUUAUUUGGAAACAGUUAAGGGGAGACCACCUGCAAGUGGUACCGACUCAGUGGAGAACAAAGCAGGUUGUGACAACAAAAUUGAUAACUGGAUUCCUUUCAGAGCAAUAGAUGGAAAUUUUGUCAGCUAAUGCUCCUGUCAUUAAAAUAACUCACAGAUUGUUUAAUACAUGGAAAUAAUCCAACCCAAAAGUGUAUGUCAGGAUUGGGGAUGUUCGUUUGUUUUCUGAAACUUGAGUUUUUGAAACUGCAGUGGAAAUUCAACACUCUUAAUUCAAGUGAAAGUUUCUUAACAAGGCUGAAAGCAUUACUGAUAACAAAAACAAUGUUGGCAAAAAUGGUAAACAGUGUUUUAGGCCCAUUGAACUGAAAUCAUAAAUUCAUUUCUCUGACUAAAUAAUCAAACCAGAAGGAGACCUUGAUGGGAAAUGUGAGCAAAAGAUUGUUUUUAUCCCGACUGAGACAGCUGCCAGACAGCAUAUGAUUGCCAGAGGUUUUCUUGUCAUGUAGCACAUGUUCUCCACAUAAAUGAUGAACAGAACCAGCCUGCAGCCAUGACGGAUGACUCACAACAUUAUGACCUUACACACCUGGUAUUCUCCAUAUUUUUAUUCUAUAAAGCUUUGUUCUGAGUCCGCACGUAGCAGUACCAGACAGUGCACCCCAGGUACUAGUCUCCAGUUAGUAAAAGCAGUUUUUAGACAAGAAAUUUUACGUUUCUCAUGUGAAUAUACCACAUACCUCAAACCCUGGUUAAAGGAUUGAGUUAGGAAACAGGGCAACACUCCACUACACGCUAGUAAUUUCUCGUCCAUCAAGUUUUUACCUAACAAGGCAAACAUACGGUGUAAUUGUCUUCAGGCAGGUGAGAUCUGUGAUGCCAGACUGAUGUUUGUCUUGUACUGAGCUUUCAGAAGGAAUAGUGUGUGUGUGUGUGUGUGCAUGUGUGUGUUUGUGGGGUCCCCCCCCCCCUUCGCCAGAACAUAUGCAACCUCCUAAGUAAACACAGACUCUGUUUUUUUUUAAAGGCAUAUUGUAUUUAUGGUGAUACUCAUUUUUUGUCUAUGUUUUUUUUUUACUUGUUUUUUAACGAGAUAAGCCUGUUAUAUGUGUACAGUUUGAAUAAAAACGAUGCGGUUUGUUA